AUGGAAGUCAUUUCUCACGCUGAAAAAACUGUUGUCAAUGAUGGCUUAGAAUAUGAUCAUGUCAAAGAAAUGGAUGACUUCAAUGAAACAAAAGCUGGAGUGAAAGGCCUUGUUGACUCUGGAGUGGUCAAGCUGCCAAGAAUCUUCAUCCAUCCGCCGGACGACGUGCCAAAGUCAUCAUCCAAAGCUCAUGUUCCAGUGAUGAUAAAUCAUGGAGUUCCAGAUGAAGUUAUGGAUAUGCUGUUAGCCUGGAACUGGAGGGACACCUUAUUAUGUGUGUAUUUUGAUGAACAAUUGGACACAGAAGCCUUGCCUAUUGUUUGCAGAGAGCCAAUCGGUGAGUUCAUGAAGUUCAUGUUUCAACUAAAGAAGACAUUAUAUGAGUUACUAUCUGAGGCUCUAGGUAUAAGCAGUGAGUAUCUAGAAAGCAUUGAGUGCAUGAAAACUGCGUCUCUUUGGUGUAACUAUUACCCCAUAUGCCCUGAGCCAAACUUAACUCUAGGAGUCGCCAACCAUUCAGAUCCUUCCUUUUUAACCAUACUUUUGCAGGACAAUAUUGGUGGCCUUCAAACUUUUCAUGAUAACCACUGGGUUGAUGUGCCCCAUUUGCAGGGAUCUCUGCUAGCAAACGUAGGAGACAUUUUGCAGCUGAUCAGCAAUGAUAAAUUCAAAAGUGUGAUGCAUAGAGUGGUGGCCGGAUCCAGCUUCAUGUUUCUUCCUUCCAGUUACUAG